AUGACCGCUCCAUCAGACGAGAAGGCCAGAGAUACUGCUGUCAAGCUCUUACGCAUGCGACAAAAAAUUUCUACUAGUCGCGAUCGAUCGGAGAAUAUCCGAAAUCGCUUAAACUGGAGAGCAGGACAAAUAUUACAAUAUCCUGAAUAUCCAACGGGGAUGAGAUGGCUCAAGUGGUUAGAGCGCGAAUUCACUGACCGGAAGGUCCGUGGUUCGAACCCGACCCCUGCCUCUCGACUUCCCCUGUCUAGGCUUGGGCAACCUGGCAGUAUACCAGCCCUCGCGUAA